AUGAAGAUCGCCACCGCCGGCUCCUGCUUUGCGCAGCACAUGGCCAAGCGGCUGGAGAGCUUCGGCCUGAGUCAUUGGGUGGUGGAGCAGGCGCCAGCCGGCCUCACGCCCGAGCGGGCGCGCGAGCUUCAGUACGGCGUGUUCUCGGCCCGCUAUGCGAACGUCUACACGGUGCGUCAACUGCGCCAGCUCGUCGAGUUCGCCUUCGGCCUGCGCGAGGGUGACCCGCCGGUGCUGACCGAGGGCAGCCGCGUGUUCGACGGCCUGCGCCCGCGCAUCCAGCCGGGCGGCUACGACAGCCUGGCCGACCUGCGCGCGGACCGUGCCUGGCACCUCGGCCAGGUCCGGCGCCUGUUCACCGAGUGCGACGUGUUCGUCUUCACGCUCGGCCUGACGGAAGCCUGGGUCGACCAGCCCACCGGCCUCGUGUUCCCGGUUUGCCCGGGCACGGCAGCCGGCACGUUCGAUGCGACGCGGCACGCCUUCGUGAACUUCGAGUACCCGGAGAUCCUGGCCGACCUGAGCUGGGUGCGGGCCUUCAUCGCGGAGGUGAACCCGCGCAUGCGCUGGAUCGUCACGGUGUCGCCCGUGCCGCUCGUGGCCACGGCGACGGAGCAGCCGGUGGUGGUCGCCUCCAGCUACUCCAAGGCCGUGCUGCGUGCGGUGGCCGGCCGCUUUGCCGACGCGGACGAGGGCGUCGAGUACUUCCCGUCGUACGAAAUCAUCGCGUCGGCGCAGAGCUUCGGGCAGUACCUGGAAGGCGACCUGCGCGAGGUGUCGCCGCGGGGCGUCAAUCACGUCAUGCGUCAGUUCGCGGCGGCCUUCGUGCAGGCGGGCGAGCGCGUGGCCGCGGCACCGGUGAGCCUCGCGGCCCAAGCGGCUGCGGCGGCGCAGGUCGAGUGCGAGGAACUGCUCAACGACCGGCCCUGA